CAUAGAAGAAGCGGCGCUGCUCCAUUUUAUUUUGCUAGCUUCAGGAGCUAUUAGCUAAUUUAGCUUUAAUGUGUUUAAUUCCGCUCAAACAAUAACGUUUUUCUUUGUUUCAGCCUGAGUUAGCAACUUUUUGUCGGGACAUGGACGGAGAUGAGGACGAUUUUAUGUCAGGGAACCGAUCCGAUGAUGGCAGCGGCACGCCGGUCCUGGAUGAAAACCCGUUGUCAGACGGUGAGCUGAGGAGCAGUGGUCAUCAGUCUGAGGAUGAAGACUGUAAGCGUGGAGCUGUCCCUGAGGCCAUGGAGACCAAUGAGGUUUCCAGCGACUCUGACGAUGACCACAGAGAUGCCGACAGCAACUCAGAGGGUGACGCCCCUGGGGUCCCAGAUGAUGAUGGCAAAAGUGAUUCUGAACCGGGAGCUGUGAGGCCUGAUGACAGUGAUGAGGAAUCCUUCGAUAAGCAAAGGAUCAGUACCUUCGACAAUGACGACGAAGACAACUUGUCAGACAAACAUCACAUGAGUGCGUCUGACAUUGAAGACUCGCCAGGCAAACGCCAUACGAGUGCAUCGGACGAAGAAGACGACUCUCCAGAGAAAGGCCGGCAGAGGUCAUCUGACAACGAAGACUCGCCGGUCAAACGCCGUACGAGUGCAUCGGACGAAGAAGACUUUCCAGAGAAAGGCCAGCAGAGGUCAUCUGACAACGAAGACUCGCCGGUCAAACGCCGUACGAGUGCAUCGGACGAAGAAGACUUUCCAGAGAAAGGCCAGCAGAGGUCAUCUGACAACGAAGACUCGCCGGUCAAACGCCGUACGAGUGCAUCGGACGAAGAAGACUUUCCAGAGAAAGGCCAGCAGAGGUCAUCUGACAACGAAGACUCGCCGGUCAAACGCCGUACGAGUGCAUCGGACGAAGAAGACUUUCCAGAGAAAGGCCAGCAGAGGUCAUCUGACAACGAAGACUCGCCGGUCAAACGCCGUACGAGUGCAUCGGACGAAGAAGACUUUCCAGAGAAAGGCCAGCAGAGGUCAUCUGACAACGAAGACUCGCCGGUCAAACGCCGUACGAGUGCAUCGGACGAAGAAGACUUUCCAGAGAAAGGCCAGCAGAGGUCAUCUGACAACGAAGACUCGCCGGUCAAACGCCGUACGAGUGCAUCGGACGAAGACUUUCCAGAGAAAGGCCAGCAGAGGUCAUCUGACAACGAAGACUCGCCGGUCAAACGCCGUACGAGUGCAUCGGACGAAGAAGACUUUCCAGAGAAAGGCCAGCAGAGGUCAUCUGACAACGAAGACUCGCCGGUCAAACGCCGUACGAGUGCAUCGGACGAAGAAGACUUUCCAGAGAAAGGCCAGCAGAGGUCAUCUGACAACGAAGACUCGCCGGUCAAACGCCGUACGAGUGCAUCGGACGAAGAAGACUUUCCAGAGAAAGGCCAGCAGAGGUCAUCUGACAACGAAGACUCGCCGGUCAAACGCCGUACGAGUGCAUCGGACGAAGAAGACGACUCUUCAGAGAAAGUCCGAACGAGGCCAUCUGACAGUGAAGACUCCCCAACGAAACGCCAGCGGAGCGCAUCAGACAGCGCUGAUGACGACAUGCCAAGAAAAGGUUCAAAGUUUUCAGAUGAGGAAGAACGCUCUCCAAAGAAACACCUGGUGAGCACAUCGGACAACGAGGAAGAGUUGACAGAUAAACGUGGCACUUUGGACAAUGAGGAAGUGGCACCAACACUUGCCAUCAAAGAUGGGGGGAGCACUUCUGGCAUGGAGGAAGAAGAACAAAGACCCAAAGCAAACUCCAGCAGUGACUCUGAGAAAGAGGAUGUCAAACCGGUGAUGUCAUCUGUCCAACAGUCGGAUCAGGACAGUGAUUCUGAUACAGCAACACCUGCCAAGCGUAAGGUGGCACUGAUGGACUCUGACGAGGAGGAUUCUGCAAGACAGCAGGAGGAGGCCUUAAGGGGACGGAAACGGAUGGCUGUGAUGCAGUCUGACAGUGACGAGGAGGAAGGCGGAAAGAUGGAGGUGACAGGAAGUGACAGAGAGCAGAACCAGAAGGAGGUCAAGCAGAAAGACAGCGAGGACGACAGCGAGAGUGAGAAGCCAGUGAAGAGGAAGAAGGCCAUCCUGUCAGACAGUGAGGAAGAGGAGGUGUCUGACAGAGUGAAGAGGAGUCGUGCCGUUUCAGACGAUGAGAACUCGGACAGUGACGGAGACUCCGGAGGUCCUGAUCAGAGUCUGGCAGCCAAACUGAGAGAACUUGGCUCUGAAAGCGAGGACGAUGAUGAGAGGUCAAAGGUCUUGGCAGGCAGCAAGGAUGAGAAGGCGCUAUUUGGCAGUGACAGUGAUUCUGGAGACAAUGAAGAGAAAAUGAUCGCAGACAUAUUUGGAGAGUCUGGAGACGAGGAGGAGGAGUUCACGGGUUUCAACCAGGAGGACCUGGAAGGAGAUAAAAAGGAGCUGAAGGAGAAGCAGCAGGAGGUGGAAGAGGAGUCUGACUCUGAUGAGGGGGUGGGCCGCGGCGGUCAGGACACCAGUUUCAUGUCAGACUUUGACAUGAUGCUUGCCCGGAGGAAAGCCAUGAACAGCAGGAAGCGGCGGCACCGUGACGGAGGCACGUUCAUUAGCGACGCAGAUGACGUGGUCAGCGCCAUGAUCACAAAGAUGAAUGAGGCUGCAGAGGAGGAUCGAACCCUGAACAGUCAGAAGAAACCGGCACUGAAAAAGCUCACUCUGCUGCCCACCGUCGUUAUGCACCUGAAGAAACAAGACUUGAAGGAGACGUUUAUUGACAGCGGCGUGAUGUCUGCCAUUAAAGAGUGGAUCAGCCCGUUGCCAGAUAAAUCCCUGCCGGCUCUGAGGAUCAGGGAGGAGCUGCUCAGGAUCCUGCAGGAGCUACCCAGCGUGAGUCAGGAGACACUUAAGCACAGCGGGAUCGGACGGGCCGUCAUGUUUCUGUACAAACACCCCAAAGAGUCACGAAACAACAAGGACCUGGCACUCAAACUCAUCAAUGAGUGGUCCCGCCCCAUCUUUGGCCUAACAUCCAACUACAAAGGGAUGACCAGAGAGGAGCGGCAGCAGAGGGAUCUGGACCAGCAGAUGCCCCAGAGACGGCGACUGAGUUCGGGGGGUCAGACGCCACGGAGAGACUUGGAGAAGCAGCUGACAGGAGAAGAAAAAGCUCUGAGACCCGGUGACCCCGGUUUCUGCGCCCGGGCGCGGGUACCCAUGCCCUCCAACAAGGACUACGUGGUUCGACCCAAGUGGAAUGUAGAGGUGGAGUCCAGCAGGGGUCCAUCGAAGAAGGGAUUAUCUCGUGUGGACAAACAGAUGCGUCGGUUUGCUGACAUUCGCCGCCUGACAAAGACGGGACACGCGGUUAAAGUCAGCGUGGAGGGAAACAGGAUGCCGCUCUGAUUUUUAGCUUUGUGACUUUUUUUUCCAAUGUAUUUUUUCUUCUUCAGGUUUUGUAUUUUUAUUUGCAGUUAUUGUAACAGACUCUAUAUUUGUUCAGACUCCACAGGAAGUUUCACCUGGACAACAGGAAACAUGAUGGGACUUUAAGAAUGGUCCAAAACCUGUGAAUGACUGUGAGGUCUUCAGCCCGUAAAACCCCAAACCUGGGUGUCCAGGUACUUGUGGACCUGAGUGGGUGGAGUUUGAUGUUAACUGUUUCGAGUUUUGUGACGAUUUCACAGUAAAACUUCACAAAGUUUAAUUUGUGAUUCUUAGGGGGGGGAAAAAAAAAUCAUAUCUUUGAAGGUUUUUAGGACGCGACGCAAAGCUCCCCGCUGUGAUCAUCAGACUGUCAAAAUGUUCUCGGGACAAAUUCACACAGCUGGUGUGUGUGUAUGUGUGGGUGUGUGUGUGUGGGUGUCCCAUCUCUGCGCUAUUCCGUCACAUGAUGCUUUUCAUAAUAAAGACAUUAAAAUGUG